AUGUCGUUUCCAAGGCACUUCCUAGCCCUUGCGGCUUUCUUGGCCGUCCAGGUCUCCGCCCACGGAGGCCACGAGGAUGUUCCAGAAGGCGAGGCAGUUUCUGAAGAGCCAAUUGACUCUGUGUUAUGGAUUCAUAUCCUUAUCAUGGGAGCGGCAUUCGGUGUGAUUUUUCCGUUUGGCAUGGUACUUGGAAUCAUCCGGUCUCGCUGGCACGUCCCUGUGCAGGUCGUGGGCACAGUCGCUGCCGUGCUCGCAUAUUUCAUGGGUCACGCUCACAAGGGACGCCAAUUUGCCGAAAAUAUCCAUGCCCAGUUCGCCAAUUCGCUCAUGCUCCUGCUCAUCAUUCAAGUCGCGCUGGGAGCCUACUUGAAACUACAUCUUGAAAAGGGUAUUAAUGGCCGUGCUCGUCGGUAUUUCGUCCUCGCACACGGUGUUCUGGGCAAGGCAAUGCCCGUAGUUAGCUGGGUGCAGAUGUUGUUUGGAGGGAUUACGAUGCUCGGGUUUUGCCGCGGCGAACAUACAAUGCAAUGUCUUGCCCAUUUUAUUAUGGGAAGCGCCUUUAUUGGCUAUGGAAUUUUGAUGACCAUCUUGCUUCUUGUGGGCCAGUUCUGGCUGCGCCGUACCGGCCGAAGCCAGGAAUUCUUUGACUCCCUGAUCAUCGCCGCAUGGGGCCUUGUCAACACUUUUACCGAGCACCGCUGGGGCGGCCCAUGGGUGCGCAAUGAUAUGGAACAUACAACUAUGGGUGUUGUCUGGUUAUGUGCUGGGCUGCUAGGCAUGUUGUUGAGCCGGAAGAGAAACGGACAACCAAAGCGUAACAUCAUCCCAGGAAUUGUGAUUCUAUUGACAGGAUACGGAAUGUCGGCGCAUCCCCAGGAGCUUCAUCUAAGCACCAUGGUACACGAAAUGUUCGGAUAUACGCUGAUGGCUGCUGGAUUGACGAGAAUAAUUGAGAUUUCUUUUGUUCUCAGCGACCGAUCCACUUUCAGCAUGGAUGGCUCUGACCCGCAUAGCUUUCAAUACGUGCCACCAUUCCUCCUGUACGCCUCGGGCUUUUUGUUUAUGGGUGCCACAGAAGAGCAGAUGCAGCUCCUCACCAACGCAGGCGUCACUCACGUCUCGUAUAUUUUGAUGCUGUACAGCAUUUCAUUCUUCCUCUUUCUCUUCGUCAAUCUCCUCCUCCAUGUCUACGCUGUCCAUGCAUUCCCCGAGUCGACGAAGCGUGACACAAACCAAGGACUACGCAACAAGUCGCGUCGCACAGAUUCAAUAUCGUCAUACACUGACAUCAACGACUCCUUGCCUGCAACAAACGGCCAUGCCCGCUCUCAAUCAGAGACCCGGCGGAUCCGCGACGCCGAGGCCUUUGAAUUGGAAGGUCUCAUUUCAGAAGAUGACGAAGACCAUCAUCAUCAUGCCCGCAAGGAAGCUGAUGAUGAUGAUAAGGAAGAGGGUCUUGCCCGUACCGCUUGA